AUGAGCACACAGAUCCGACGAAAACAGAGCUUUUGCGUGAUCCAGACGCAAAGUUCCAAGCCAGCAGCUGUUCCAUGUCACCUGCACAGGCAUCCUGAUUCGGACUAUCAACGCCGUCGCCAACAUAAUCAUGGGAAGAUGUGGAUUGGCCAGCAUCGCCAUUUGAUGAACCGCCAGCUGGUUAGAAUCAAACAGCUUCCACGGGCGUCUUUGUCCGAUUGUGAAAAGCUUGCCAGCAUCUCCCAUGACAAUGUUAUACGGCCAGAAUCUUUCUAUUACGAGCCUGAAAAUGACAAGUUCUUCAUCGUUUUCGAGUACCUGCAUCUCGAUCUGCUCGACCUUUUCCCCCUAUAUCCGGAAGAGGUAACCUGUAUAAUCAAACAGAUUGUUGCAGGCCUUUGCCAUCUCAAGAACCUCGAAAUCGUAUUUGGCAUCGAUAAUAUCCAAGUCAACGAAUACGGGUUGAUUAAGAUAGUGCUCGAUUGGAAUUGGGAGUUUUGUGCCGAUGGCAUUCUCUGCGAUGCGAACGAAGGCUACCUAGUUGUCUAUCUUGAAGGAGUCAUGACUACAAUGGCCCAAAGCUGUUUAGAUCUACCUGCAGAGGCUUUUAGUUUCCUUGCAGAUGGAGUAUUGCCUGAUCUUGAUAAUUCUUACAUCCGUGACGCUCCCGGGCCCCACGUGUUGAAGAGAGCCAUACAGUUCGCUAUCCGUGAACGAUUGCUUAUGAGCGACAGGCGUUGA